UAAAAGUCUGAUAUCAAUAGAAAUAUUAUUUUUUUACUUAAAAACAAUAAAAUCAAAGAAUGAAAUCAAGUGUUAAUUUUAUUAUGUUAAUGUUAAUUUCAAUACUAGUUGGUACAAUCAAUACAAAUAAAAUUCCUUCAAAUAUAUUAGAUAAUGUAAAAGCCGGUAUGAUAGAAAGAGAUAGUACAAGAUUAAAGAAGCGUUCUGAGAAUGAUGAAGCAUAUCAUCCCAGUUAUCUACCAUGUGAAGAUAAUGGACAAUGUGUUCCAUUUUAUCAUUGCAAAAAUAAGAAUAAUUACAAUAUAGAUGGGAAAAUGUUAAUUGAUAUUCGGUUUGAUGAAGCAAAAUCAUGUAAAUCAUAUUUAGAGAUAUGUUGUAAAAAUGAUUCACAUAUAAUCAUUGAUGAAAAUAUUUUUAAUGAAAAACACAUAAAUAAUAUUCGGAAUCAUUGUGGUGUUGGUAAUCAAAAUGGAAUAUAUUUUAAACUUUCUGGUAAUAAUGCAAACGAAGCUGAAUAUGGUGAAUUUCCAUGGAUGAUUGCUGUAUUAAAAAGAACUGAAAUUGAAAGCUCCAUUUAUAAUACAUAUCAUUGUGGUGGUUCAUUAAUUCAUCCACAUGUUGUAUUAACAGCAGCACAUUGUGUUUAUAAAAAUAGUGCACAUGAAUUAAUAGCAAGAGCUGGUGAAUGGGACACACAAACAAAUGAUGAAAUAUAUAAAGAACAAGAUCGUUAUAUCAAUGAAAUUAUAGUACAUGAAAAAUUUAUAAUUGAUACAUAUUUUAAUGAUAUUGCACUAUUAAUAACGGUAGAUCAAUUCAAUUUAGGUGUAGAUGUUAAUACAAUAUGUUUACCACCGAAAGAAAUAAAUUUUGAUAAUGCACGUUGUUUUGCUACCGGUUGGGGUAAAGAUCAAUUUGGUAAAGAAGGUAAAUAUCAGGUUAUUUUAAAAAAAAUUGAUAUACCUGUUGUACCAAAUAAUAAAUGUCAAGAAAGUUUACGUAAAACACGUUUUGGUGAACGUUUUAUAUUACAUGAUUCAUUUAUUUGUGCUGGCGGUGAAUUAGGUAAAGAUACAUGUAAAGGUGAUGGUGGUGGACCAUUAAAUUGUCCGAUUCCAGAGCAAAGUGGUAGAUAUUAUGAAGCUGGUAUCAUAUCAUGGGGUAUUGGUUGUGGUGGAACAAAUCCUGGUGUUUAUUCUAGUAUUACUUAUUUACGUGAUUGGAUUGAUAAUAUAAUGGAAAUGAAAAAUUAUGAUAAAUUUUAUUAUAUAGCAUAUUAAAUUAUAAACAAAAAAAACAAGUAAAUGUUUUAAAUUUAGUUAAAUGCGAGUUGCUCAAUUUUAAUUAAUAUACCACAUGGAUGUCAAUAAGAUUUUUUAGGCACUAUAAAAUACAUUUAAAUAAUUUACCGUAUUAUCAAAUUACAUGCUAGCAAUAAAUGAGUAAAUUAUUUCAAUUGUCUAUUUUUCUCAUUUAAAAGAGUAGAAUGAAAAAAGAGAAUGAGAGAUAGGAGUUGCGUGAGAGAUUAGAAUAAAAUGAGAUUUUAUAAUUUUGUUCAUUUUUAUUUUAAA